UGGACUAACCAGCUCAGGGACUUCAAAUUUACAGGCAAGAAAUGUUUCUCCAGCAUCUGACGGAUGUUUAGAAGCUGAAGAUAAAUGGAUUACACCUAGCUGUCAAGCCCAGGAAGUCCUUGGAGCCAACACUGAUCGCUUGUUUGGCACUGCCCCAGCGCCCCAUCCUCAACUGGGUGGAAAGACCUGUCGUGAUACAUCAGCCAAGCUCUCACAGCCUUUUAACUUGAAUAUGAAGCCAAGAAACUUUGUCUGAUUCACAUAACCCAGCUUGAUAACAAAACAAUAAACAGUUUGACAGGGACCGUUUUUCAUCUCUGGAAUACUUUCUUGUUCUCUUGGAGUCUGUGUUACUUAUCAUAUUCAUCCUGUCCUCCAGGAGAUCAUGUUUGAAGUUAAUUUGUUGAAAUGAUAUUCCCCCAAACACUGACAUCCAACACAAAUGACCUCCAUUCAUGGUGUUCUUCAAAGUCAAGCUAAUUAUUGGGGAAAGCGUCAUUUAUCAAGGAACAACUAUCAUUCUAUCAAAACAUGGCCAGAGACAACAGCCAUCUGAGCCUCAUGCUUUCACCUGAAAGAUGUGAGCAGAGGCUUGGACCAGCUCUAGGUUUUAUCCUCCCUCUUGUUCCCCUACACUCUCUGAUAUUUUAUUACUUUCUGUCGUGUGCUGCUGCUGUGGGCACCAUCGAAUAUGACUAUGGAAUCAGUCCCAAAUUUGUCUGUACUCCUGUUCCGCCAGAGGCAGACCCCAGCUGUUAUUCACCACCCUCUGUGCCCCAUGGACCGAGCAGUAGCAGUCACGGGAGUGACCACAGUGGCGGCAGCCACCGAGGCAUGAUGUCAGAUGAGGCAAAAGCCACCAUUUUGCACCUUCGUGAGAGCCUUGUAAGGCAAAAGGAAACAAUCCUGGACCAGCGGGAGACCAUUAGAGAGCUGACUGCCAAACUCACCUUGUGUGAAGGCUUUGGCGGUCACCACAGCACCGGUCAUCACGAAAGCCACCAUGAUCACCAUGACAGUCAUCAUGACACCCACCAUAGCAGCCAUCUCGACAACCAUAAUAGCCACCAUGAUGUGCACAAUGGACAUCAUGGCCAUCAUGGGCCAUCAUCAUUGCACCACGGGCCCUCAGCACAUCAUGGCACUGAUCAUCACUCCUCCCAUGGGAGCCACAGGUCGGACCUCCACCCCAGGAAGGGCUCAUCAUACAGCAAACACAGCUCAUUUUCCCCAGAACAGACUGGAAAGACACUACAGACAUUGAAGGAGAGACUGGAAAAUUUGCAGGCAAGAAACUCCUCUAGUUCCUACUCAAGCUCGCUGAGAGAACUCCUCCAGCGAAAGAUCAAUGCUCUGGAAGAACAGCUACACAGUUACUACAGAGAUCACCACAAGGACCACCAUGCUGAUCACCAUGACGACUCACAUGAUGAUAACCCUAGCAGCAGCCACCAUGACGACCAUCAUCCUCAUCAUCACGCCGGCCAUCCCGACGACCAUCACGACACCCAACAUGGCCCUGCUCACCAUGAAGACCAUCACAGCAGGCACCCCGGUAGCCAUGGACACAACCAUCCCAGCAACUACCACAGCCGCCAUUAUGACCCACACUACAACAGGCAUCCCAGUCGUCACUAUGGCCAUCACGAAGACCAUCACAGCAGCCACCACGAUGACCAUCAUAACGACCACCACGGUGACCAUCACGGAACCGGUCAUUAUGACGAACACCAUGAUUACGUCCACGGACCAGGACAUCAUGAUGAUCACCAUGGUGAUCAGCAUGGCGGUCACCGUGGGACCGAAGACCAUGAGCACCAUCAUGAGGGGGAGCAUCCUCCAAGGCGCCUUCCGUACACUAGCAAGGAAACCAGUCUGCGGGGGUCCGGACAUAGCAAGCUGGAAACAGUUCUCAGCCACCUCCAUCACAAUAACGACCAUGGAAACCACAAUAAGCUUAAGAGUCCAACCGCUUUCCUGCUUGAGUUUCCCAUGAGGACCAACUACAUGUAUGCCAGGAUGAAGCGGUCAGUGGUCAACGAGAUCUUUGCCCUGACCAUCUGUGUGUGGCUGAAGCCAGGGGAAGGUCCCGGCCUCGGAACGCCCAUUUCCUACGCCGUUCCUGGCCAAGCUAAUGAGCUGGUGAUAAUGGAAUGGGGCAGUAACCCCAUGGAGCUGCUCAUCAACGACAAGGCGGUGACAUUACCAAUAACGCUGUCGGAUGGAAAGUGGCAUCACGUGUGCGUGACGUGGUCAACGCGUGACGGUCUUUGGGAGGCCUACCAGGAUGGCGUGAAGAAAGGUUCCGGGCAGAACCUGUCAGCCUGGAAUCCCAUAAAACCAGGCGGGAUUUUCAUCUUGGGUCAGGAACAGGACACAAUGGGAGGCCGCUUUGACAUCACUCAGUCGUUUUUAGGAGAGUUGGCAGAUUUCCAGUUCUGGUCCAGAGUUUUGACCACCAAUGAGAUUCACACCCAAGCGACGUGCGGCGGCCACCUCGUCGGCGACAUCAUGUCGUGGUCCGAGGAGCAAGUGGAACUCCACGGAGGGCUGACUGAGCUUCCUUUUGAGCCUUGUCACUAAAGAGGAACGCUGAACUCCCCGGGCAAAAACCAAAGGAUUAUACGAUUAAAUGCAUGUGUCAAAAAUGGACGGAAAGUGGAGAAACAUAAUCUUGCUGCCUUCUCCACCUACGCCCUCGCUUCCAUGUUCUCAGCAGGACGGCUUUGAAAGCUCGAAAGAGAGCCGAGCUCUGGAUUUACUGCCUGCAUGGUCACGACUGCGGCUGCUCUGAUGGAUUCAACACACAUAAUUGGAUUUCUUUUCAGCAGAGAAGCUACAGGGGUUGUUGGAUGCUGCUGGCGAGCUUGCUGCAAUCAACACAAACACUAAAGAGGGUGAAAAAGAAAGUAAAAGGGACACGAAAAAGGCGUCAUCAGCUCCUCAGCAGGAUUCUUAUUGCUGCAGGAAGUGUUUUUGCUACAU